AUGUCAUACUUGGCACGGGAGGAUGGCUGUGCAAAAUUGAUCUGCAGAAUUGAUCUGCCAGUUCAGAUGAAGCAGAAAAGGUCCUCUGUAUCUUCAGUUGCACUGAGAAGGCAGCAAGCUCAGGAAGAGGAACUGGGAAUCAGUCACCCGGUGCCCCUGCCCAGUGCCCCUGAGACGUUUGUUAAGAAGAACAGUGGUGGCAGCUCUUGCCUCUUGUUGGAAAACAGCAGCCCUACGCACUCAACGAGUACAGCCAUGACAGCAGCUAGCACACCAUCAGAGGGACGGAUGCUCAUUCAGGACAUCCCUUCCAUCCCCAGCAGAGGGCACUUGGAGAGCACGUCUGAUUUGGUUGUGGACUCCACCUACUACAGCAGUUUUUACCAGCCAUCUCUGUAUCCUUACUAUAACAACCUGUACAACUACUCCCAGUACCAAAUGGCAGUGGCCAGUGAGCCUUCCUCAAGUGAGACAGGGGGUACAAUUGUAGGGUCGGCCAUGAAGAACAGCCUUCGAAGCCUCCCAGCAACAUACAUGCCAAGCCAGUCGGGAAAACAGUGGCAGAUGAAGGGCAUGGAGAGCCGCCACGCCGUCAGCUCCCAGUACCGCAUGUGCUCCUACUACCCACCCGCUUCCUACCUGGGACAGGGGGUUGGCGCUCCCACGUGCCUCCCCCAAAUCCUGACCUCUGAGGACAUCCCCUCCUACUCGGAGUCGAAAGCAAGAGUGUUUUCGCCGCCCACCAGCCAGGACUCCGGCCUGGGGUGCCUGUCCAGCAGCGAGAGCACCAAGGGGGACCUGGAGUGCGAGCCCCCCCCGGAGCCCGGCGCCUUCGCGGUGAGCCCCGUCCUGGAGGGCGGCGAGUAG